AUGGAAUCCAAGGCUCCAGUCUUGUUGACCCAGCGUAGUGUGGUGUCUGUGUUUGAGGGCAGUGAUGUCCAGCUCACCUGUAUCCUGCAAGCUAACUAUCCUCCGGUCAACCAGAUCGUCUGGUUCAACAACCGCAGACAGGAAGUCAUACAGGAAGUCCAGGAAGCCCUGGCCACAACCAGGAAGUAUGUGCUGCGUCGCGCAGCUGCGUGGACCAACCUGACGGUCCUAGAGACGGAUGGAACAACAGACAACGGCCAAUACUGGUGCUCCGCUAGCAACGCUGUGGGAGGGACUGAGAUCCCUGUUACGCUACUGGUCAAGAGAUACCCCAUGCCUCCCAAUGUGACCCUGGUAAGGCUUGUUUACAGCAGUCAGCAGCGCAGAGAGGUGGAGCUGGAGUGGCAGAUGGAGGGAGAGGGAGAAGGAGGAGAGGGAGGAGGGCUGACUGGAUUUAUACUUGAGCGCAGACUAGAGGAGGCACCAGGGAGAAGGAGAGGAGAGGAGGAAAAAGAGAAGGACAGAGAGGAGGCUGGUGCAGAUCCUGCUGACCAAGAGGAGCAGCGACAGGAAAAAAGGAGUAGUUUCUCUCCAUGGAAGCAGGUGGUUGUAUUGGAAGCCAGGGAGAGGGUCCACACGCUGGGCAACAUGACCCCAACAGAUACCUACCAGAUACGCAUCACAGCUGUCAAUCACAGAACCCUCGGACACCCCUCCCCCCCAGAAACACCAGCGGACCCUCCCUUCAGUGCGUACCCUGCUGUGAUUGGAGCUGCCCUUGGAGGGAUGCUCAUCACAACCAUAGCAGCUGUUCUGCUGUUCAUGUACAUAUUCCGCAACUGCAACAACAACCCCAGACUCCAUGACAUGCUAUUCGGAAUGCAGCACAGCUGGUCCAGGGAGAACAUCAACCUCCCUGAUGAUGAGGUGAUGGGAGGAGUUGACGGAGAGGGAGGAGCUACAGAACAUUGCCCCUCCCCUAGCCAAGGUCACGUCCAUGUCCUCUCCUAGGGCUGCCUCCCCCGUCUCCCCUCCUCUAACUGCUGAGGACAACGAACCUGUCAAUGUCACCAUCACCGUCAUGGCAACGGGCUGAAGAUCACACACACAUCCAUACAUACUGGAUAAUGCUGCAUUCAUAACAAGUGGGAAACUCUGUAAAUACAAUUUGUAUUAAAAGUACAGCUGUCAUGCUCAAAAACAUUAUAGUGUUCAAAUACCAUACUAAUAGAUUGUUUUUCAUAAAUAAUGAUUUGCUGUUGCAUUUAACUUCCAAAAAUGCUGUUAUCAAGGUAAUUUCCUUAGUAUGUGAUGUCAGAGUUCAGCAUGUGGGAGAAGUCGAAGCUCAGAGAUGAUAGACGAGUUUCCCACUAGUAAUUACCAGUUGGAAGGGCGUGCAAGUGUAUUUUUCCAAGUCAUAUGCUGGUAUUUACAAAUAUAGGAGAUGGUGUGAAUGCAGCCUAAGCACCUGUCUGUUCUGCCUUCCAGGUUGAAAUAAAAUACAGUUCUUAUCACAAUUUAUUUUAUUUGAUACACAAUAAGGGUUACACACCAAUACACACCAACACGAGAGAGACAGACAGAGUCUGACAGACAGACAGACAGAGUCAGUGUCUAACAGACAG